CCCAUAAUCCAUUCAUCCAUUCAUCUUAUCUACCGACCGCCCGGCACCCAAAACGCCUCGGACUAGACCGAACGACGACUACUAAACCAACUAAACCGCUCUCGCUUACUACCCAAUUUCAACUGCUCCAGUCGUUAGCAGUGGAUCGGAUCAUCGUGAGGAUCGUCGUGCCUAGCCAUCCAAUUCGUCCUCGAUUAUUUCCCCUCCCCUCUUAUUUUACUCCUCUAUUCUACGAACUUCAGAGCCCCGACGCGACCGCCUUUAAACAAACCCAUAACUGAACCCCCCUCAACCUUGACCCCCGUCACGUCACUGUUGUGGUGCAUCGUUAGGCCUCCCCCUCACCCCCUGAACGCUAUUGGGCGGGACACAUCUUGCAGGGCUGGACUUCCCUUACCCCUGCCUGAUUUCGUGUUGUGAUCUGGAAUCAUCCAGUGCUCGCCGGCCUGACUUGACAACUUCGUAUCCCGCCUUGAAGUUGUGAUCGGGCUCACCGUCCUCCGUUUCCCUCACCAUCCUCCCGUAUUGCGAGUAUCCCGGCUCGACCUUCCGAUGCCAUUGACCAUGGCCCAACAACAGACUGAUAAUGUGAUGCGGAGGAAGCUGGUAAUCAUCGGCGAUGGUGCUUGUGGAAAAACCAGUCUGCUAAGUGUCUUCACGCUCGGCUACUUUCCAACUCAUUAUGUGCCCACGGUAUUCGAAAACUACGUGACCGAUUGUCGAGUGGAUGGCCGAUCGGUACAGUUGGCUCUUUGGGAUACGGCAGGACAAGAAGACUACGAGCGGUUGCGGCCGCUAGCAUACUCGAAAGCACAUGUCCUGUUAAUUGGUUUCGCGGUGGAUUCCCCAGAUUCACUGGAGAACGUGAAACACAAGUGGAUUGAAGAAGCCAACGAGCGAUGCCCCGGCGUCCCCAUCAUCCUUGUCGGCCUGAAGAAAGAUCUCCGCGAAGAUCCAUUGGCCAUUGAAGAAAUGCGCAAAAAGUCUCUCAAGUUUGUAACGACCAAAGAAGGCAAUGAGACGGGGGCUCAGGUUGGCGCUCGCAAAUAUCUCGAAUGCUCGUCCCUCACGGGCGAGGGUGUCGAUGAUGUCUUCGAGGCUGCCACCCGCGCUGCUCUGCUGUCCUUUGACAAGCGCAAGAGCUCCUGCUGCAUUGUUCUAUAACGACCUGAUCGCGUGAAACGGACAUUGUGACUACUCUUUCUCUGCCCAGCGUUCGGUUUAUUUUCUUUUCGCCUUGCAAGUCAAUGGACUUUGCUCAGUCCCUCUGUUUUUGACUCGUAUUGAUUGGCAGUCUCCGCUGUAUCAUGCAUCAUUGGCGUUCGGGAGGUUUAUGUGAUUGCUUGGGUCGAUUGGUCCGAGUAUGACAUCUGUUGCUCUUCUAUUGUUAUUCCGGCUCUUUCCUCCCUGUCUAUUCUCACGGAGUACAUUCCCUCAUGUCUUUCCUUAUGGUCAUUCCCUUUUUUUGGUUCUCCAUCAUCUCAUGCACGUGCCUCUCCGGAUUCCCAUCUCUUGUCACUGUUACCCCCGAAGUGCAUUGCGAUUGCCGUUCCUUGGAGGUUUCUCUUCUUCUCGUGUAGUAAUUCCUGUCGAUUCUCUUUUUCUUCGUCCGGUCAUUUCAUAUAGCGCUCUUGCUUUCUCAGAACUAUACAAACAAUCCAGUUCUGUAACUCUGGC